CCAUCUCCUGCCGUUCCCCAGUAAGUGGUGGCGGGGGGCUCCUCCCCUCACCCCGGGCUGGGGCAUCGGGGGCGUCUUGCCCCUCCCAAACCUGGGGUAUUAGGGGCCUGCCCCCCCAAGUCUGGGGUGUCGGGGGCCUCCUGCCCCCCAGGGCUGGGGUAUCUUCUUUCUCUCGUGUCUCGUUGCCUUGCAGCGCGCCGGGGGCUCGCGGCCCCCCUCGGCCCAUGCUGCCCGCCGGCAUUGUCAAAGCCUUUCCCAAGAGGAAGAAGGCGCGGGAUGGGGCGGAGCAGGUCCCCCCGAAGAUGCAGAAGGAGCCGGAGGCGGGGGGCCCCGAGGACUGGCUGGCGUCUGUCACUGCCUACGUGCUGCCGGCGGGAAUGGGCCGGGCCAGGGCUGAGAUCUUCCACAAGCACAUCGUGCAGCGUGGGGGCCGUGUCCGCAGCCAGCCCUCCCCAGAGGUGACGCACAUCAUCGUGAACGAAGGCAUGGAUGGAGGCCGGGCGCUGCGGCUCCUGCGACUGGCUGCGCUGCCCCCCAGCGUGCGGCUGGUGACGGCCGCCUGGCUGAGCACGUGCAUCUCCGAGCGGAAGCUGCUGAGUACCGCUGGGUACGACGUCUCGGUCCCAGACAGGUCCCUGGAUGCACCGGAGAGGCAGACAUGCCAGACGUCUCCCCUGGGCAAUGGGGAGACCCAGCCCCAGGCAUGGAUUGAGGCCCCGGGACCAGAGGCUGAAGCACAGGCGGACACCUUGGAGCAGCUGCCAGCACAGGAGGCAGGACCUCCGGUGCAGAGGGUCUCUGAGGAUGAGGGAAGCGACGGGGAGGAGCCCAGUGUCACCCCAGCUGACCUGGAGGCGCUGAUUUUGGGGCAUUACCCCUCAACCCCAUCUGAAGGCUCUGCAGCAGCCCCCCCACCCGUCGGCAAGUGGGUCUGUGCUCAAUCCUCGCACACCAAGAAGGAGAAUCACAACCAGUGCAUCACAGAGAAGCUGGAGGUGCUGGCGAAAGCCUACAGCAUCCAGGGGGACAAGUGGAGGGCCCUGGGCUAUGCCAAAGCCAUCAGUGCCCUCAAGAGCUACCACAAGCCGGUCAUGUCCUACGAGGAAGCCUGCAAGAUCCCUGGCAUCGGGAAGCGGAUGGCAGAGAAGAUCCAGGAGAUCCUGGCCAGUGGGCACCUGCGGAAGCUGGACCACAUCAGUGAGAGCGUGCCUGUGCUGGAGGUCUUCUCCAACAUCUGGGGCGCAGGUGUCAAGACCGCCCAGAUGUGGUACCAGCAGGGCUUCCGGACGCUGGAUGAGAUCCGCACCAAGGCCUCCCUCACCAGCCAGCAGGCCAUCGGCUUGAAGCACUACGAGGACUUCCUGGAGCGCAUGCCCCGUGCAGAGGCGGCUGAGAUAGAGCAGAGGGUGCGGGAGGCGGCCCAGGCCCUGGAUCCUGGGCUGGUGUGCGUGGCCUGCGGCUCCUAUCGCCGCGGCAAGCCCAGCUGUGGGGACGUGGACGUUCUGGUGACCCACCCCGAUGGGCGCUCUCAUCGUGGCAUCUUUGCCAAGCUGCUCAACAGCCUCUGGCGCAGCGGCUUCCUCACUGAUGACCUGGUGAGCCAGGAGGACAACGGCAGUCAGAAGAAAUACUUGGGCGUGUGCCGGCUGCCCGGGCCGGGUCGGCACCACCGGCGCCUGGACAUCAUCGUGGCGCCCUACGCCGAGUUUGGCUGUGCCCUCCUCUACUUCACCGGCUCGGCCUACUUCAACCGCUCCAUGCGGGCACUGGCCAAGACCAAGGGCAUGAGCCUGUCGGAGCACGCACUCAGCACGGCUGUGGUCCGUGGCCCCAGGGGCACCAAGCUAGCACCCGGCUUCGCCCUGCCUACCCCCACUGAGAGGGAUGUCUUUGCCAUGCUGGGGCUGCCCUACCGUGAGCCGCCCGAGCGAGACUGGUGACAGCUGUAAAUUUGGUGUCCCCCAUUGCUGCUCUGUGGGGUACAGGGUCCGUCCCCCAUGUGCAUGGGGCAGGGAGUGGGGUCCCCAUCCUGGCCUCGCCCCCAGCAGUGUCGGGGGUGGAGCCCUGCCCAUGCCUGGCAGUGGAACAGGGUGGGCUCAUGGCUCGGGGAAUCUUCCAUGCUGCUGGAGCCAUGAGCAAGGCAGGGAUGGGACUGCCCUAGUGCUGAGAGAGGCUUUUCAGGAGGCUGCGUCCACCUUGGGCUGGUGGAAAGAGUGUCCGGCCUCUCUACAGGGCUUGGGCCAGGCCUGCCAGGGAGUCCCUGCUGGCACCGAUGCUGGGAGAGGAAUGUCUCUCCCCAUGGGGUUUGAAUGUAGCUUGGUGCACUGUGGGCUCCGCUGGAGGCUGUGCCCCUUCUCCCUUCCUGUGGCCGGAGGUUACCCCUGGUACCUCUGCCAGGGCAGCGCUGCCCUGUAAGCCCAGCCCCACGCCAGCUGGGGAGGGGGAAUGUGCUGCUUGUACUGAAUAGCCCAGCCCCCUGGGCGAGGGUUACAUCCCCUUCCUCCCCCAGGCCUUGGGGGCUCCCCGUCUUCUCUCAGGAGGGGAUCGGAUAUGCCUGGGGACUUUCAAGAGCCCUCCCUGGGCGCUGGAGCUCUCAGUCUGCUGUGCCGCCUCGUGCCCCCGGCACUGCUGCUGUCUCCGAGCUGGGGCCCGGCAUCUGCUGCUCGCAGAUGGUCCCCAAUGGGCCCUUCUCUGCCCCAGUGCCCCUGGGAGUGCAAUAAACCCACCCCCGUUGGACCCUG